CCGUAAAACCGGAAAGUCUCCCGUCAAAUGAUUUGGAUACUAGUCAUAUUUACACAGAAACUGAAGUAGGAGAAAUUUUAAUUUUCAGAUUUAAACGCAGAAAUAUUGUCUUCAAACACAUCAAUAUACAUUUGUACCUGACAUGCCCGAGUACAAAACACUUGAAUGAAAUAUUUAACAGAUUUCUAUAUACUCAAGGCCUGACAGAUACACAGAUUAAACACUAGAUGACCUAAAGUUAAGUUCUACAACACAACAGUUGACCUAAAGGCUGAGUCAUUUACAGUUCAGGAUUUUACCCAGAAUAAUGAGAGUAUCAACCCCAUGGUUUGUAGCAGGAGCUGGAGGCUUAUUUUUUCUACUUCUCAUGAUGUUUUAUGCCAGAAAUUCUAGUUUAGAUCAAUAUCCAACAUCAAAUCUAGAUAUUUCUUCGCCUGAGAUCAGAGGGGCUUUCAAUGAAGACAGAAAACAAGUCGUUUUCAUGCAACAAUUUCAACCACAACAAAUAAAUCAAAACAGGAUAGCACAAUUUGAUUAUAAAAAGGCGAUGAAGGAACUGAUAGAUAGGAAUACAGCUGCUGAUGAUAAGGCAUUGGUGACAAUGAUAAGGAAUUAUUAUAUAGAACAACCCUCUACAGAACCAUACCACUUAGAUUUCCCAGAUAGACUGGAGUACUCAAAUGGACAGACACCAUUCAUAGAUAGUAGGCUCAAUUAUAUAGAAGGAGGUUUUUAUGUAGAAUGUGGUGGUCUGAAUGGAGAGAAAGGAUCCAACACAUUUUUCUUUGAGAAAGUCAGGAAAUGGAAUGGUUUACUGAUUGAGGCAGAUCCUACUAAUUAUGCAGCAUUAAAAUCAAAACAUAGAAAAGCCUUCUCAGUGAAUGCUUGCCUGAGUCCUAGAAGUACUCCAGCAAAGCUGACAUUUAACAAAGCAUUUAACAGAGGAAGAAUAGUGCACGAUAAGGAUGCACAAGAUUGGAUUAGAAAGCAGCACAUAGCUUCAGAUCCAGUAGAAAUAGAAUGUUUUCCAUUUUACUCCUUCAUGCUAGCACUGAAUAGAACAACUAUAGACUUCUUCAGUUUAGAUGUAGAGGGAGAUGAACUUAAUGUAUUAAAAACUAUUCCUUUCGAUAAAUUAGAUAUAAAAAUGUUGGCAGUGGAGUAUGUUCAUGAAACUGGGGGCCAUAACCAGUUACAGAGAUACAUGGAAAGUAAAGGCUACGACACAUUGUUAAAAAUGCAGAGAGAUGAUGGCGGUGUUAACGAUUUAAUAUUCAGAAAAAAGGGCUUAAAGCAUUAAUGUAUAGAUUGUGAAAAGCUAAUAUGAUAUUUGUGAAGAAAAGAAUGUCAAUCAGGAUAUAUUUUGUUAGAUGAGUAAGACUUUUUAUUGAAAGGAAGAAAAGGUUAUAACAUAAUGGUUGAGAUUUUAAGACCAGAAUAAGUCUAUUCAUUAUGAUCACAUUGUCAAAUAUAAGAUAUGUCAUAUUUUCUUAAUAUUUUUUAUAUAAUUAGAUAAUCUGGCCAAAAGUUAUGGGUUAUAAUUAUAUGAGAUUAAUAUUUUUUAGAUAAUCUGGCCAAAAGUUAUGGGUUAUAAUUAUAUGAGAUAUUUCCAUCACUUUGCAUUUCAUUUCAUAAAGUUUGUUUUGAGAUCUCCCCCAAAGCUGCUGAACCAGUCACAUUCAAUUCUGACAUGAUCAAUUGUUUGGGUAUCUUGAUCAUUGAAAAUUAUAGAUUGUUUCAUUAAUCAACAUGGGUACUGUGAAUAGAAAUUGAACAUAAGAAAAAAAUCUGAAAAAAAUCGGUCAGGAUUUCAUCUUCAAUUUUUCAAAAAAUCAUUAGAUGACUCCUUAUAGGAGUUUGUGUAUGACUAUUUUAUUUACCAAAAACAGCAUUUUGACCUCUUAUCCAGUGCAAUAAAAAUUUACUGUAUAUUUGUGAUAUGUCUACCAUUUCUCUUAAAUAAUUGUUAUAGACCAACAGAAACUGUUUACAUCAGUUCAAGAUGAUCAAAAAUCCCAAAAAGUAAAUACUGAUAACUUGUUGAAGAAAUUAUUGCCUCUUAUAACCAGUUGCUUUCAAACUGUCAUUGAUAAUAAGAAACUUAUACAUGUAUCAACAAAAAAUAUCAGUAAUGCAAGAUUUAAAAAAAUACAUAAACAUAAAUAUAUUCUUUGAAUCAGUUAUUGCCUUUAUUUGCAUUUAUUGAACCACUCUUUUAACUUUACAUGAAUUAUCUGAGUGUUAUAAUUUAUUAUUAAGUGAAUUAUAGUAGAUCUCUCAACCAACAUGGCCACAAUGACUAAAAAUAGAACACAGAGGCAAGGUCCAAUGUCACGUAAAAUGUAGAUGAUAUAAGAAUCUUGAAAGAACAUAAAAAGCCGACAGAGUGAACAUCUGUUAUUCUAUAAAAUUGUCAGAUGAUUCCUAUUUAUUGCACUAAAAUGUUGAUUUGUAUGAACUUUUUUAAACACUUUUGGGGAUAUUUUUCUGAAAACAAUAAUGGAAAGAAAAAAUAAGAGACAAAAAUUAAAAAAGCUGCAAUAUUGAUCAACAAGAAAAUUAGGAUAUUUAAAGCAUUUUCUGGGUUACUAACAUGGUGAGUUUUGAUAGACUACAUGUACUUAUUUCAAAUAAUAUUAUUUGAAAUAAGGGGGAACAUAGCAGGUGUUUACUAAUAUUAUUUUUAUCCUGAUUUUACUAGAGAUAUCAGUAUGGUAUGUUACUGACAAAUAGGCAAUUCAAACAUCCAGUAGGAUUUUUUUAUUUAUAUGAAUUAUGUUGGUUUAUUAUUGUGAUUUAAUAAGAGUGUCAUUGUGUAAUUAAUAUUGUGAGAUGCCAAAUACUCAACAAACAUACUCUUGUGUUUUAAAUGAAUUCUGAGUGCUAAAAUAUUUUUCUUUGAUUUUAAAACUAGUCAGGUUGCUAAAGCUAUGCAUUUUAUUUUCAUUAUUUGUCUAUUAUACAAAUUAUAUAAGCUAAUAGGGAAAAUCAGCAUUAUAGUUAAUUCAUUUAAAUCUAAUAGAAGGACACAGACUAUUACCACACCCCUAAAUAUUUUUAGGUUCAGUUAAUUUUCCUUGUGUUUUGUCUUCUCAUUUUGAAAUUUUUUCAUUUAAUUUGUUAUGUGGAUUUAUUUUACCUUAUUGUGGCUGCCUUUCAUUCAUUGGUAUUCAAUUAGUUAUAUGUUAGAUGCUUAGAUUUAUACUUAGAUUUAAGAUUGUUUUGUCUGUUUGUUUUCUAUUGUGUUUGUUAUAUUUUCAGCCUAUUUGAUCAAAAGUUCAUCACAAAACACUCAAAAAUAAACAUUUUACUUUGAUUCAUACAUACCCCCAUAUUUGCAAGAAAAUAUACAAUGCUUCUGCUUUAAGUUGUAUUAUUAUUAAAUCUUUAUUGUUUUGUAGUAGGUGCUAACUUGUUAAUUUUUUAGUAAUUAGGUUUUUCAAAUUAUUACUGAUUUUGAAUGUAUGGUAAUCUUGCCACCCUUAAAUGGUUCUGAUUUUUCUCCAUCAUAUGCUAACUUUGUUUGUGCCAUGUGAAUGAAUUUUAAUGUUUGUUGUGCCAUGCGUUUUCUUUUAUUUUUUGUUGUGCCAUGACUGCUUACAUUUUUAUAAACACUGCAAUACUUUUGACUCAUUGAUUGUGGAUAAGCCUUCUUUUUGACUUAAAGGUUUUCAAUUAUUUUAGGAAUAAUGAUUAUGUUUGAAGUUCCUUGAAUGUUACAGAAUUGCCAGGAAUAUUUAUCCAAUGGAUAUUCAAGAAAACAUAUUUUGUAACUAAUUUUGACAAAUAAUUUCCAUGCAGCAAAAAUCAGAUUUUAAUAAUAAGUAUAGAAAGGUUAUCAAAAUAAUUAAUGUUUAAAGUUUGAAGAAACAAAACAAUUAUGUUCAAAAACUAUGCCAUAAAUACUUAUAAACAUAAAGGUGCUUCUUACUUUCAUGUGUGUAUGUUCCAUCAUUUACAUGUGUGUAUGUUCCAUCAUUUACAUAUGUAAAUAUCUUGUUGUAUUUCUCCAUAGAACCCAUGUUUAAACUUUUGAUAAAACAUCAUACAUGUAAAGACCUAGAUGUUCAGGUAUUACUUUUAAAAAAAAAUCACUCUAUUGUUUAAUUUCAAGUCAUCCUAUGAACAAUUGCUAUGGGUUUUAUGUUCAAGAAAAUAAUUUUAUGAAAAAGAAAUAAAUAUAUAAUUAAAGUUGUCUGGAAUUACCUAUAGUGACUUACAUCAACUUUAAUUUACCUUUGGUGGAUAGUUGUCUCAUAGGUAAUCAUUCCACAUCUCCACAUUGUUAUAUUCUGUUCCACAUCUCCACAUUGUUAUAUUCUGUUCCACAUAUCCACAUUGUAAUAUUCUGUUCCACAUCUCCACAUUGUUAUAUUCUGUUCCACAUCUCCACAUUGUUAUAUUCUGUUCCACAUCUCCACAUUGUUAUAUUCUGUGUUUAAGACUGUUUGUCUUCCUUUUUGCAUUUGUUACAUUAUGAAUUGAAAUCGCCUGGAUAUCCAUUUAUUGUUUUAAACGUUCAUUAAUUAUCUUAUUUUACAUUUUAGCAUUUAAGAAAUUACCAAAGACAGUUAUUGUUAUUUUUUGUUGUUCUAAGUAUUACUGUGAAUAUAAUGAUUUCAUCUCCUUCUGAAUAAUCAUUAUUAGGAGGUAACAGAUGGAAGCAAUUUUUAAUGCAUUGCAUAUUCAUCAUUGAUUCAUAAAAUAUUCCAAUAAGUAUGAUUUGAAAACUAACUAAGCUGUCAAACAUUUUUAAAGAAUUAAAGAGUCGGCUUAAGCACCAUUUGAAGUAUCUGCCUAAAUUAAUGAUAUACUUUUUUGGGGUCUGUGUUAGCCAUUGUCAUGAUUGUCAUGAUUGGUCAUCCAUUAUCUGUAAUCUUUUACAAAUAUAUUGUCUACUGUCCCUUUGGUAUCUUUCGUCCCUCUUCUAUGUAACAAACACAUACAUUUUUAACCUGUCAGAUUUCUAUAUUGAUGAAGGGGUUUUCCAGACAUAAGAUUAUUUCAUGCUUUUGUUCUAUAUUUAGACGUGGAAUGUCAGGCCAGAACACCAUACAUUCUUUUCUAACUAAAUAUCCAUCACAACUAUCAUUAGAAUAUCUAGUUCAAAACAUUUGUAUGUUGUUCCCAACAUACAUUCCAUUUGGCUGCCAUGUCUAAACAUGCAACAAAGGGGUAAAGUUAAUACAUUAAAGUCUUUAAAAUCCUUAUGGAUAUAGAAAAUUAAUUAAAUUUAUGAGUAAGUAACACAUGGAUAAAAGGGGAGAUAAGUGAAUUCUGUGUUACUGAACAAUGCCAUAGCUAAUUUGUGAAAGUAGAUGUAAAUUCUUUAUAAUUUUGCUAAAGCUUAUAUAGCCAAGGCUCCGUGUUGAAGGCCGUACUUUAACCUAUAAUGGUUUAAUUUUUAAAUUGUUAUUUGGAUGGAGAGUUGUCUCAUUGGCACUCACACCACAUCUUCCUAUAUCUACAUACAAAAUUAGGCAAUUAUUUUUAAAGAGUUCCUUUAAGCUUCUAAACCUGCAUAAUGACUCUAUAUAAGGUUGAAGAGACCUAGAUAUAGACAUAGACUGUUGACAAUUCUCUUUAAUUAAAACCAGAAAUAGACAGAAUAAAAUGAAAGGCGAAUGUGUGUUUCAAGCUUGAAAAAUGACAAUGUUUGUAAGAAAUAAGUUCUAGUUUAGUACUGGAUUUUUUUUCUCAAACUAAAUAUAUAUUUAUCUUGCUUAUUUGUUGGGGAAAUAGAUACAUGUACUGUGGAUUCAAUUAUUUUCAUGGGUACCAACUUUCUUGGUUUAAGGGAAACUUGCAUAUUCGUAGAUAUUUAAUUUUGUGGUGUUGGCAAAGUCUGCAUACAUUCCUAGCUGUUCAAGAAAAUAAUUUUAUGAAGAAGGAAUGAAUGUAUAAUUAAAUUCUCUGGAAUUGCAUAGAGUAGGCUAUAGUGGCUUACAUUAAAAUGAAUUUAACUUUGGUGGAUAGUUUUCUCAUAGGUAACCAUUCCACAUCUCCACAUUGUUAUAUUCACUUUAAAAAUCUCAGAUAUGUGUGGGUAAUUGUCAGGUGCAUUCAUUGUAAAGAAACUAUCAUUGGUUUUAUAGAAGGUUAUAUUCAUAACUGAAGUCUUUAAGUUUUAUGUCAGUCCAUUUUAGUGUUUCAUUAUUUUGGGCAGGUGAGAAAAAGUUCUGUUUUUUCCUUGAAUAUAAUUUUUGUUUGUUGUGCUUCAUUUUAGCAUUUUUUUGUUUGUAUUAUAUCAUAACAUUUAUAAUUACAACUCAUAUGAUUAAACUUGCAAUCAAAAUUUAAAUAAUCAUUUUGUGAAAUGUUGUUUUUGUUGUUAACAUAUUUGUAAAUUGAUUCUGUUUAGUUGGCAUUCUACCUUAGGAGCAGUUAGAGAUUUUUAAUUAAUACUUGUUUGAGUAUCAUGCAAUAUUCGAAAUCUUUUUAUUUUUAUGGUGUAUCCAGUACUUCCAGUAUAUAUUUAAAAAUACGAUAUCUUUUAUAUUAUGUAACAAUUUUUACCAAUUUGAGAUUAGUGAUACUGUGGAUAUGUUUAUUUUUAGGGUAGCAACUUUUGUGGAUUAAGGACAUGUUUAAAAUUUGUGUUACUGCCAAGUCAUUAUACAAGCAUUUAGAAAAUAUUCUUUUGUUGAACAUAUGGUCCAACUACAUCCAUUGAAAUUGCUACCUCACAAAUAAUAAUUCAUGUACAGCAUGACCAGUUACAGAUCUGUGUAUCCUUGUAAAUCGAAAAGAAUUAGUGCUAAGGAAAAGUAAGGAUAUUGUUAAUUUAUCUCAUUUGAUAAAACAAAAUUGUUUAAAAUAUUUUAUGUCAUUGGCUGUUUCAUCAUUUCAUUCCUCUUUACAAAACAUGCUCAUUUAGAUAUAAUUCAAUUCAAUAUUUUAUUGGAAAGAGCACAAUAGAGGCGUGAUCCAAAUACAGACAAUUAUAAUAUUAGAACAAACAGAUAAAUGAAAUAAAGAUGCAUGUAACAAGUCAUAAGCCAAUCUAUGUAUACUAAUACAUUAUGAACUGAUAUUGAUACUAUAAACUUAUACAUCAGUAUUAUUCUAGAUUUUCAUAAAUUUACUUUAGACAUACAAAUUCAAUGUAAGAUAUAUAUAUAUAUGUAUAUGCAGGAACUACUGUAAAAGGUUAUUAUCUAUACUAGAGAUAAAGGCAAUACAUUCCAUUAUAAUAGCAAAGUAAACAAGUAUAAAAUAGUUAGUGAACUGGUUAUUUAAAAAUAAUUUAGAUUUUUUUUAACUUGCUUUGUGGUAAAACAGUGUUCAUGUAUUGUUCAUUUGAUAUUUUCUUUCAUAAGGUUAAGUAUUCCACAAUCAAUCAUUAGAAUAUAAUUUUAAAGUGAAUUAUUCAGUCGUUCGUUCGUAGGAACAGCCAUACAAAUCAAGUCUGCAUGUGAUGCCAUUAAAAAUCAGUAGAAAAUCAGAUUAAGAUAUACAAUUUAUUGGUUUUAUUUUAAACUUAAGAAUAUUGAUGAUAAUUGCCAUAGGUGGAAAUUUCUUGUCUUUUGCAAGUCAACAUAUAUAAGCUUCCAUUAAAGUUGUAUUUUAACUUUUUUUCAUGUCUCUUGUUGCUAGUCAUAGUUUAUUGUUUUAAAUUUAAUGUUAUCGAAAUUAAAUACAUGAUAAAUGACCUUUGUCAUUAAGCCAUAAUAGAGAAGUUGUUAUGAGUCUACCUUUAAUUUUUGCAACUGUCUUGCCAUUGGUAAAUCAGAAUGCUUUUGAUUAUUAUUGCAAUAUUUAGACAUUAAAAUGUAUACAACAAUA